AUGUCAAUAUGGGAAAAUGAAGGAGGGAAUAAUUCUGAUGAUCCAGAUGAUCCUAAAACAAACAUGGAAUUUUUAAUAAAAUGGAAAGGAUGGAGCCAUCUGCAUAAUACUUGGGAAACUUUCGAAAACUGUCGUGGUUUGAGGGGCUUUAAAAAAUUGGAAAAUUAUAUCAAAAAUUAUUUGUCUGAACAAUAUUCAUUGCAUGAGACAACAUCACCUACCGAAGAUAACCCUCAUUCUGGUAUUGAAUACUUGUGCAAAUUCAAACGUUUGUCUUAUCAAGAUUGUACCUGGGAAUCAACCGACCUUAUUCAAAGUGAAUUUAAAUCUGAAAUUGAUGCCUUCAAUCAUCGAAACAAUAACCAAAAUAUCCCACAUAAAAGCAAACAGUAUGGUCCUUAUUUGAUAGUAGUUCCUUUAUCAACAAUUGGCUCCUGGCAAAAUGAAUUUCAAACUUGGGCACCAAAUCUUAAUGUUAUUUAUUAUACUGGUCCUUCUCAAAGUCGUGAAGUAAUAAGAGAACAUGAAUUUUAUGUUUCGUCAUCAUCAAGAAGAUUAAAAUUCAAUGCCUUGGUAACGACCUAUGAAUUCAUUCUUAAAGAUCGUCAAGAAUUAGGAAAUAUUAAGUGGCAAUAUUUGGCAGUUGAUGAAGCGCAUCGAUUGAAAAACAGCGAAUCACAACUCCAUGAGG